AUGAAGCUGGGCUGCUUCUCGCCUCCUGUGCUCUGGGCAGCCCAGGUGCUGCUGGCAGCUGGCUGUCAUGCAGCGGCCGGUUCUGAGAGCCUGCAGUGUGAGGGCCCCGUCAGCACCCGGGACAGCGGCUGCCGCCCCGAUGACGUGGGCGCCCGGGAAGUGGACUACCUGGCAAGGGGCUACAUGUUCAGCCGACCCAUCCGUCUAGUUGUGUCCUACGACUGGCUGGUCCUCCAAGGCCCAGCCGCUCCCAUCUUCGAAGGGGACCCUCUGGUUCUGCGCUGCCAGGCCUGGCGAGGCUGGCCCCUGGCCCAGGUCACCUUCUACCGAGAUGGCUCUGCCCUGGGUGCCCCCGGACCUAACAGGGAAUUCUCGAUCGCUGUGGCUCGAGAGGUGGACAGCGGGCAUUACCACUGCAGUGCCAUCUUCCAGAGCCCUGGUCCUGGGAGCCUGGAAACGGCAUCCUCCGUGGCGGUCACUGUCCAAGAACUGUUUCCUGCUCCGGUGCUCAGAGCCACGCCCUCGCCAGAGCCCCAGGAGGGCAGCGCGGUGACCUUGAGCUGCCAGACAAAGCUGCCCCCGCAGAGGUCGGCCACCCGCCUCCUCUUCUCCUUCCACAAGGGGGGCCGGUCCGUGCGUGGCCGGGGCCUGUCCCCAGAACUGCAGGUCCCCGCGGCCGCACAGGCCCACUCGGGGUCCUACUGGUGCGAGGCCACCACCGAGGACAACCACGUGUGGAAAAGGAGCCCCCGGCUGGAGAUCAGGGUGCAGGGUCCCUCGAGCUCUGGUGCACCACCUACCUUGGACCCCGCUCCUCCGAAAUCCGCAGGGGGCCCAGCGCCCCCCUCUCCCCAGCAGGCCUCCGACCCCCACCUGCACCACCGGAUGGGCCUUCUCCUCAGACAGAUGCAGGAUGUGCGCGUGCUUCUCGGCCACCUGGUCAUGGAGUUGAGGGACUUGUCUGGCCACCUGAAGCUGGAGACCAGGAAGGGCACUGCCAAGCAGGUGUGAGCAGCUCACCUGGUGUUGCUCAGCACCCCAAUAAACCGAGCUCUCCCCUGUCCUGCACAUGCGCAGAGACUUCUCCAGGUUUCUAGUCUUGUUAGAGUCGGAGGCAGCGCUUCCGUAACCACCAAGGGGAGCUGUGCACCCCUCUCAA